GGAACCGAAAAUAAACAGCAACGAGUCACGUCGCCGAGUUGUAGGGUGCAGUCAGAGGCUAUGAGCAGCAACGAGUGUUUUGGUUGCGGCCGUACUGGCCACUGGAUCAAGAACUGUCCAAACGCUGGACGUGGCCGUGGAAAGGGUCGCGGCAGAGGGAAAGAUCUUUUUUGCUAUCGCUGUGGAGAACCAGGCCAUGUUGCGAGGGACUGUGAGAGGACCGAGGAUGCAUGCUACAACUGUGGCAGGGGUGGUCACAUCUCCAGGGACUGCAAGGAACCUAAGAAGGAGAGGGAGCAGGUCUGCUACAACUGUGGCAAAGCCGGCCACAUGGCUCGUGACUGCGACCAUGCCAACGAGCAGAAGUGCUACUCCUGCGGCGGCUUCGGACACAUUCAGAAAGGCUGUGAAAAAGUCAAGUGCUACAGGUGCGGGGAGAUUGGCCACGUCGCCGUACAGUGCAGCAAGGCGAGCGAAGUCAACUGCUACAAUUGCGGAAAAUCUGGCCAUGUGGCGAAAGAAUGCACCAUCGAGGCCACCGCUUAGUCCCGUUUCCUUGUUCGCCCCUCCUUUUUCUGAUUGAUGGUUGUAUUAUUUUCUCUGAAUCCUCUUCACUGGCCAACGGUUGGCAGAUAGAGGCUAUUCCCAGGCCAGUGAGCUCUUGACAUGUAAAAGGAGGAAAGGGGUGGAAAAAAAACUUUCCACUUUCUGCAUUUAAUACAAAAAAUGUUUAUGUUUAGUUUGGUAGAGGUGUUAUGUAUAAUGCUUUGUUAAAGAACCCCCUUUCCAUGCCACUGGUGAACAGGGACGUGUGAGAUGUGUUGAGUGGGAAGAACGUUUGUCGGGUAGGCCUCUAGAGGCUCGUGGACCGCGGCCUCGGAGAGAUCGGAAAAAAAAAUGGUAAAAAAGAACCAUACAGAUCAGGGAAGCGUUCGCUUCUGAAUGAUUUGCAUUUUUUUGUUUUAUCAAUGAGAUUGAGGUAGCCUAUGAGUGAUUGACCUGGAAAAGCAGCACAGGACACAAACGGUCAGGUCUAUUCAGGCCAAACCAGCAGUACGCAGCUAUGUGGAGAAAACAACAACAAAAAAAGUAACGUGUAAUAUAAAGCAAACUUUAUAGCAUAUUCUGGAAACCUUGUGUAACAGCAGUUCAGAAAAUGAUAUCCUUUGUAAAACGUGGGCUGUUUGAUCAUUCAGGACAGCCGUGAUGUCGAAAACCUAGUUCAUGAUCCCAAGCGAUAUGGAUGGAUGGAGUUUAGGUCAUUCUACCCAAGGUGAAAACUUAUAAAACAAUAAAAUAACAAUAAAAGAAAAAGAAAAAAAAAAAGGUCAGAUUUGGAGUUAGAAGAAAGGUGAAUGUUUUCACAGAAAUCAAAAUGUUAUUUUUGUACAAUAUCACUUAGACUACUCUAAAAUAAUAAUAAAAAAACUAUCAUUUGCUUGUACUCAGUUUUUAAGUCGGAAGGUAAAUGCAACUGAAGUUCUAGGACAUAGAAAUGUAAUUUUAAACUAUCAAUAAAUCUGGAGGAGGAAGGGGUGUAAAGACUGAA